AUGCAAUGGCCGUCGCUAGUAGUCGGUCUAGUCCUGCUAAGACUGUCUGUAAGCCUGUGGCUCGCCUUCGGACUCGCAGCUUACGUUAGCUUGGGCAUCGGGGACUCCGGCAGUGCUGAGGAGUCCCGGACCGGGGAGAGGGAAAGCGACGACUCGUGGUCUCAGCGGAUAAGCGGUUACAAACAUGAGGAAGCCACCGGGACCUGUGCCAAGGUGACGGGGGAUUCACCGAAAAGGUCCUACCUGAGCUUCUUCGACGGAAAUAAGGAUGACUACGUCAGGAGAUACAGCUCCUUCUCGGCUACAAUGAAAGCCACAAUGAAGGAGAAGGCCAGAGAAAUGUUCUACUUUGGAUAUGAUAACUACAUGAAAUAUGCUUUCCCUAAAGACGAGCUCAACCCAAUUGACUGCGAGGGCAGGGGUCCGGACGUGCAGAACCCCUCCAAUAUUAACAUCAAUGAUGUCCUGGGAAACUACUCGCUAACGCUCAUUGACACCUUAGAUACCCUACUGGUGCUUGGAAAUGUCACUGAGUUCCAGCGGGCUGUCGAGCUGGUGAUCGACACCGUGUCUUUUGAUAAGGAUUCAACGGUGCAGGUUUUUGAGGCCAAUAUCAGGAUAUUAGGCAGCCUCAUUUCAGCUCACAUUCUACUCACGGAUUCCAAGCAUCCGUUUGGGAGGGUGAAUUUGGAGGGUUACGACGACCAGCUGCUACACUUGGCCCAUGAUCUGGCCUUGCGCCUCCUGCCGGCCUUUGAGAACACCAGCACGGGCAUCCCCUAUCCAAGAGUGAAUCUAAAAACCGGAGUCCCGUCCGGUAGCAUUAAUGAGACGUGUACUGCGGGAGCUGGAUCCCUGCUGGUGGAAUUUGGAAUUCUGAGCCGUUUGACUGGAGAUUUUACGUUUGAGUCUGUGGCUCGGCGAGCUGUCAGAGCCCUUUGGAAGCUGAGGAAUAGCGAAACUGGUUUGUUAGGCAACAUCGUCAACAUCCAAACCGGCCACUGGGUGGGCAAGCAGAGCGGCUUAGGUGCUGGCAUGGACUCCUUCUAUGAGUAUUUACUCAAGUCAUACAUUCUGUUCGGUGAAAAGGAGGACUAUGCCAUGUUCCAAGCUGCCUACGAUAGCAUCCAAAACCACUUGAGGCGAGGGCGAGAGUCGUGCAAUGAAGGAGAAGGCGACCCUCCCAUCUACGUCAACGUGAACAUGAUGAGCGGCAAGAUCAUGAACACCUGGAUUGACUCUCUUCAGGCCUUUUUUCCUGGGCUGCAGGUGCUAAAUGGUGAUGUGGAAAAUGCUAUUUGCCUCCAUGCCUUCUAUUAUGCCAUCUGGAAGCGCUUCGGGGCUUUACCGGAGAGGUACAACUGGAAGCGGCAGGCUCCUGAUGUUCUCUUUUACCCACUCAGACCUGAGCUAGUGGAGUCCACGUAUCUGCUCUAUCAGGCGACCAAAAAUCCUUUCUACUUGCAUGUGGGAAUGGACAUCCUUGAGAGCCUUGAAAAUAAUACCAAAGUCAGAUGCGGCUAUGCUACCCUCCAUCACGUUGUGCACAAAUCCAAAGAAGAUCGCAUGGAGAGUUUCUUCCUAAGUGAAACCUGCAAAUACCUUUAUCUACUAUUUGACGAGGACAACCCGCUCCACAAAUCAGGUAACAAGUACAUCUUCACCACUGAGGGUCAUGUGAUGCCCGUUGACAAGCGAUUCCGAGAGAAACGAUGGAGCGGAAUGUGUCAGCAAGAAGACGAUGUGGAGCAACAGACGGAAACGAUCGAGCAGCCCUCACGGAACAUCAGCAAGGUAGGGAUAACAGUCUUGGGCUGCAUCCGGAUCCCCGAUGCGAGGCGCUACACGCUGCCCCUGAAGAGUGUCUACAUGAGGCAAAUUGAUCAAAUGGUUGGGUUGCUCUGA